AAAGUUCAGUCACUUUCCCCUGUGUCCUCCUUCCGUGGCCUUCGUCCUCCUCCUCUCUGCGGCGUCACUUCCGACGCUGGCCCAACCGCCGUUCCCCGCCACCCGUGACCGGUGCUGCCGCCACGCUGUCACCUCCACUGAGCCGCCGCUCAUCCCUCUAAACCCCCAGCUCCUUUUCCGGCGAGCUGCUGCUCUGUCUUCCAUUAAUCGACUGAACAAAUCUUCUUUUUUUCAAUCGAACGAGGGACAGCAAAUGCGUUGCUCAGUACAGUACUCCGUUUACAAUCUUACCGGGAGUCAGUCUACUAGAGACGGUGCUGGCCAUGGUGGCGCCGCAGGCUGAGCUCCUCGCCCCCCAAUCGCCGUCGAAUUCCCGUCGGUAAGAAGCCAUUGAGCAACCCCGACGGGCUGGGCGUGCGUGGUCCCGGAGCCGUUCCCUGGUAGCGCGGCCUUUGGGGGCUCCGGAUCCAUGGCGGGCGGCGACAGCUUGGGCUGCUGCGGCGGCCUUCUUCAGGGUUUCUGCGGCCUCGCUCAGGUUUUCCUGGCUCCCCGGGGGCGUCCGUCUGCUGGAAUCCUCGCCAGGAGGCCCGGCGAUCUGUGCUCGAGUUCUUCUCAGGCUGGGAGAACGGGGUCGCCGCGGGAUGCGGAGAUCAUCUCCGACAUGGAGUACUCUCCCCAAGUGGCCAGGGAGCUGCUAUUCUCUUAUUAUCAGGAGGAGGACCUGCCCCGCGUGGCCAGGAACCCGCCGGCGGUGGCGGGCGAUCUGUGCACGAGUUCUUCUCAGCUUUGGAGAACGGGGUCGCCGCGGGAUGUGGGGGUCAGCUCCGGCAUGGAGGAGUCUCCCCCAGUGGACAGGGAGCUGCGUUUUGAUGACCAGGAGGAGGACCUGUCCCCCGUGGCCAGGAACUCGCCGGCGGCGGCGGGCGAUCUGUGCUCGAGUUCUUCUAUGGUUGGGAGCACGGGGUCGUCUCGGGAUGUGGCGGGCGAUCCGUGCUCGUGUUCUUCUAUGGUUGGGUGGACAUCGUGGGAUAUGGAGAUCAUGAUGGACAUGGAGUAUUCUCUCCCGGUGGCCAGGAAUUCGCCGGCGGUGGCGCCACCGCAGCAGAAGGGCAUGGCCGGUGGCGCUGAAGACGACGACGACGAUGAUGACUGCGUGAUUCUAGACAGUGAUCCUUUCGCCGCGGUCGCCGUGAAUGAUGAGAAGGAUGGCUGCUCGGAUGAGGAGUUGCAGAUAGUCGCGGAGAAAGGCAAGGUAGCAUGCCGUGACUUCCCUCACUCGCGCCAUUUAUGUUCCAAUAUGCCCUUCGGCGCUACCUCUCACGAGAAGCAUUGUGCCAUGUGCUACUGUUUUGUGUGCGACGCCCCAGCUCCAUGCAGUUAUUGGGGUAACGGUCUCUCGGUUGGCGAUCAUUGUCAUGCUACGGAUAAGGAAACCAAAUGGAAAAUGCUGAGGGAGGCAUUCAGGUGCAAAAAUCUUCCAGCGCCUCAUCCAGAAACAGAAACUGCUGUGCACCCAGCAAUGGUGUCACUCGACCGCCUUUUUCUUAGCAAUCAGAUUUCUCUUCAGGAUGUUGUGACCCAAAACCAACACACACAUACUUCAGUUAGAGCCUCACUGAGUGUAGCACCGACUGUCAAUGCGCCAAGAGAGGGAAGUGGUACAAGCAGUGCUCACACUGCUCAAGUUACUCGCCUAGGAGAGCCAACUGUCAGUGCACCAAGGGCACACCCUGUGGCAGGAGCUGGAAGAGGUACAAGCAACGCUCACACUGCUCAAGUUUCUGCGCCAAGAGCAUCCUCUGCAACAGGAGUUGGAAGAAGUGGUACCAGCAAUGCCCACAGUGCUCAAGUUACUCGCCUAGUACAGCCGACUGUCAGUGCACCAAGGCCACAGCCUGCAGCAGGAGCUGGAAGAGGUACAAGCAGCACUCACACUGCUCAAAUUACUCACCCAGUAGAGCCAACUGUCAGUGCAGCAAGAGCAUACUCUGCAGCAAGAACUGGAAGAGGUACUAGCAGUGCUCAGUCUGCUCAAAUUACUCACCCAGUAGAGCCAACUGUCAGUGCAGCAAGAGCAUACUCUGCAGCAAGAACUGGAAGAGGUACUAGCAGUGCUCAGUCUGCUCAAAUUACUCGCCCCGUGGAGCAAACUGUCAGUGCACCAAGAGUAUACCCUGCGGCAGGAGCUUCAAGCAAUGCUCGCUCUGCUCAAAUUACUUACCCCACCACUCCAGGUGGCUACCUGCCGGAGCCCAAUGUGCCGGAGGGGGCCACGGUGUACGUCGGGAACCUACCCUACCACAUUGACAAUGAGAGACUCAAGCUAAGCUUCCAACGUGCUGGGGCCGUCCUGUUCUCAAAGGUCAUUUACGACAGAGAAACAGGCCAGAGCCGUGGAUUUGGGUUUGUCACCAUGAAUACUGUUCAGGAGGCUGAGAAGGCUGUGACGAUCUAUCAUGGCUCUGGGAUGUAUGGCAGGCCUCUGACUGUAAAAAUCGCAGCUCCUAGAGGGGACGCCCGGGUGGACGCCCCUCGCCGUCAACCUGGUUCCCCACUCAGAAUAUUCGUAUGCAAUCUACCGAGUCAGGUGGACAACCCUCGGCUGGAGGAGCUGUUCAGCAAGCAUGGCAAAGUGGUUGAUGCAAGAGUUGUCUACGAGCGCCGAGAAGGGGCCUCGUGUUCGAGGGGAUUUGGUUUUGUCACAAUGGCGACCGGCGAGGAGUCGUACAAGGCGAUACGUGCCCUCAACAAGCAGAUUCUGGAGGGAAAUGCCCUUGGAGUGAAGGUUGCAAGGGAGCGGCCGAACCAAGGCUGCCUCUCUCUUGGCAACCAGAUUCCUCCUGAGAAUACUGCCAGUCAAAACCAACAUGCACAUACUUCGGUUGGAGCCUCACUGAAUGUAGUGCCAACUAUCAGUGCGCCAAGAGCAUACCGUGCAACAGGAGCUAGAAGUAGUACAAGCAAUGUUUCCACUGCUCAAGUUACUCGCCGACUAGAUCCAACUGUCAGUUCACCAAGAUCGGGUGAAUAUAGGAUGCUCGGUCCCUCUAGUUGAUUGACCUUUGGUCUUUUACCCAAUGCCUAUACAUAAUCUCUAUAUACGCACACAGGAUUCUAAUGGUCAUGGACCAGGACAUGCCACUUUCCUCCCCUUGAAACUCCGUUGACCCUCAAGCACCAUACUCCCUUGCCAGUGUCUGGUUCAGCUACAUCGUCAGAAGCCAGUAUAUUUGUCCUCAGUUUCCUGUUGUUCUCACGGAAACGUGAAUGGUCAAAACAAAUCAGUCUUCUCUGUAUUGCUCAGCUGAACAUAUACAAGGAUAUACAUGGGCCUUGAUCCUGCCUGGAUUAUUGAGUUUGAGAACAUGAAGCCUAUGCUGUUCUCGGGUUUGAGCCUUGGUAAAGAAGGAUGCAACUUGUGAUGGAACAUAUUGGAGAAAAUUGUUGAUUGCUGGCAGUAAGAACGUUUUAAAGAAGCAGCCACACAAAUGUGCUUGGUUAGCUCAUGCCUCACAUUUUCACAGGAUCAAUGGCAAUCUAAAUAGCAGCAGUACUAUCAAUGGCGCGCCCUGCAAGGAAAUGCCCAAGUACACACUCCCAUCUGUCAAGCUUGCUGGUAAGCAAUUUCACAAUUCUAUUGAUGUUCACAUAGAGAAUUUAGGAGUGCCUGUCAAGAAGCUUGGUAUCUGAAUCUCAAAUCUGCGCUGACACAACAGUAGUCCUGUGCCCAACCAGUUCCAUACUAAUGCACAUUCAUGUUGAACCUUGAACUAUCUGUAUCUCUUCGUGCAAAUAGGGCUGAAUGUAGUCUAGGAAAGGAACAUGUGGUGCACCAUUUUCUAGUUUUACCAUAAUGAAUGGUGCAAUGUCAGAGAUCCCCUCUAGUGGGAUCCUCGUACACUCGAGGCACAUAAGCCAAAAUUUGAAAGCUUUGAUUUGUGGUGAA